UACUCCAUAUUGCUGCUCCGAGACCGCUCCGCUCGGCAGGGUUCCUCUUCCUCCAAGCAGCCCUCCCAGCAGAUCCAGCCAAGUGCUAGCACCAAGCAAAGAAAGGGGUCACCAGUCGCCAAGGCAAGAUGGGAGACGUGGCCAACAGCUCUGUCGGUCACCAUGCCAAGAACCAGCAGCAUGGAGCCAACCGGGCCGGGGGCUUCGGCUGCACCCUGCCCGAGCUCCGCUCCCUCAUGGAGCUGCGGGGAGCCGAAGCUCUGCAGAAGAUCCAGGAAACCUAUGGGGACGUCAGUGGUCUCUGCAAGAGGUUGAAGACCUCCCCCACUGAAGGUCUGUCCGACAACGUCACCGACCUGGAAAAGCGGAGGCAGAUCUACGGACAGAACUUCAUCCCUCCCAAAAAGCCCAAAACCUUCCUCCAGUUGGUGUGGGAAGCUCUCCAGGACGUCACCCUCAUCAUCCUGGAGAUCGCUGCCAUCAUCUCUCUGGGCCUCUCUUUUUACGCACCACCCGGAGAACAGAGUGACGCAUGUGGGAAUGUCUCAGCUGGGGCUGAGGAUGAGGGCGAGGCAGAGGCUGGCUGGAUUGAGGGAGCAGCUAUCUUGCUGUCGGUCAUCUGCGUGGUGCUGGUCACGGCCUUCAAUGACUGGAGCAAGGAGAAGCAGUUUCGUGGUCUGCAGAGCCGGAUCGAGCAAGAGCAGAAGUUCCAGGUCAUCCGGAAGGGGCAGGUUAUCCAGGUUCCUGUGGCUGAACUCGUGGUGGGAGAUAUCGCCCAGAUCAAAUAUGGUGACCUGCUGCCCGCCGAUGGAGUGCUCAUCCAGGGCAAUGACCUCAAAAUUGACGAAAGCUCCCUAACAGGAGAAUCAGACCAUGUACGCAAAGCAGUGGAUAAAGAUCCCAUGUUGCUUUCUGGUACUCACGUCAUGGAAGGCUCGGGAAGGAUGGUGGUCACCGCCGUAGGUGUGAACUCUCAGACUGGCAUUAUUUUUACUUUGCUUGGAGCCAGUGGAGAAGAGGAGGAGAAGAAGGAGAAGAAAGGCAAACAGCAGGAUGGGGCUGUGGAGAAUAACCAGAAUAAAGCUAAGAAGCAAGAUGGAGCAGUUGCCAUGGAGAUGCAGCCACUGAAGAGUGCUGAGGGUGGGGAGAUGGAGGAACGGGAGAAGAAGAAAGCCAAUGGCCCCAAAAAGGAAAAGUCUGUGCUUCAGGGGAAGCUCACAAAGCUGGCCGUGCAAAUUGGAAAAGCAGGUUUGGUGAUGUCCGCAUUCACCGUUGUCAUCCUGGUCAUCUACUUCGUGAUCCACAACUUCGUCAUCGGUGGCCGGACGUGGCUCUCCAAUUGCACGCCUGUCUAUGUGCAGUACUUUGUCAAGUUCUUCAUCAUCGGGGUCACCGUCUUAGUUGUUGCUGUCCCUGAAGGACUGCCACUAGCUGUCACCAUCUCCCUCGCAUACUCGGUCAAGAAAAUGAUGAAAGAUAACAACCUCGUUCGCCACCUGGAUGCCUGUGAGACCAUGGGCAAUGCUACAGCCAUCUGCUCUGACAAGACAGGAACGCUCACCACCAACCGCAUGACAGUUGUUCAGUCCUAUGUGGGUGACACUCACUACAAAGAGAUCCCCGACCCCAACAACCUGAACCCCAAAAUCCUGGAUCUCCUUGUCCAUGCCAUUUCCAUUAACAGUGCCUACACCACCAAAGUGCUACCUCCAGAGAAGGAAGGAGCUCUCCCACGUCAGGUCGGCAAUAAAACAGAGUGCGCCCUGCUGGGUUUUGUCCUGGACUUGAAACAGGACUUCCAGCCAGUGAGGGACCAGAUCCCCGAGCAGAAGCUUUACAAGGUUUAUACCUUCAACUCUGUCCGCAAGUCAAUGAGCACUGUCAUCUGCAUGCCCGAUGGUGGCUUCCGACUGUUCAGCAAAGGAGCUUCAGAAAUCCUUCUCAAAAAAUGCACCAAUAUCUUAAACAACAAUGGAGAGCUCCGCAGCUUCCGUCCUCGGGACAGGGAUGAGAUGGUGAAGAAGAUCAUCGAGCCGAUGGCCUGUGAUGGUUUACGUACCAUCUGCAUUGCCUACAGGGACUUUUCUGCAGGCCAGGAGCCCGAAUGGGACAAUGAGAAUGAGAUUGUGGGAGAACUCACCUGCAUUGCUGUUGUGGGCAUUGAAGAUCCCGUCCGACCUGAGGUUCCUGAAGCUAUCCGCAAAUGUCAGCGUGCCGGUAUCACAGUGCGCAUGGUGACUGGAGACAACAUCAAUACUGCCCGGGCCAUCGCAGCCAAGUGCGGCAUCAUCCAACCCGGGGAAGAUUUCCUGUGCCUGGAAGGGAAGGAAUUCAACCGCCGGAUUCGCAAUGAGAAAGGAGAGAUCGAACAAGACCGCCUAGAUAAGGUCUGGCCCAAGCUGAGAGUCUUGGCUCGAUCUUCUCCCACUGACAAACACACCCUGGUGAAAGGGAUUAUCGACAGUACCAUCGGAGAGCAGCGGCAAGUGGUGGCUGUGACUGGAGAUGGGACCAAUGAUGGGCCUGCUCUGAAGAAAGCUGAUGUGGGCUUUGCUAUGGGCAUCGCAGGAACAGACGUGGCCAAAGAGGCUUCCGACAUCAUCCUGACCGACGACAAUUUCUCCAGCAUCGUCAAGGCAGUGAUGUGGGGUCGAAAUGUCUACGACAGCAUUUCUAAGUUCCUGCAGUUCCAACUGACGGUCAAUGUGGUGGCUGUGAUCGUGGCCUUCACAGGAGCCUGCAUCACACAGGAUUCCCCUCUCAAAGCAGUCCAGAUGCUGUGGGUGAACCUCAUAAUGGACACAUUCGCUUCACUGGCCCUGGCAACAGAACCACCCACUGAGUCCCUCCUUCUGCGAAAGCCAUAUGGUCGAGACAAGCCCCUCAUCUCCCGUACCAUGAUGAAGAAUAUUCUGGGCCACGCCAUCUAUCAGCUCACUGUCAUCUUCACCCUGCUGUUUGCAGGUGAGGUCAUGUUUGACAUCGACAGCGGCCGGAACGCCCCUCUGCACUCUCCGCCCUCAGAGCAUUACACCAUCAUCUUCAACACUUUCGUUCUGAUGCAACUCUGUAACGAGAUCAACGCCCGUAAAAUCCACGGAGAGAGGAACGUCUUCGAAGGCAUCUUCAGCAAUCCCAUCUUUUGUUCCAUUGUCCUGGGCACCUUUGGCAUUCAAAUUGUGAUUGUGCAGUUUGGUGGGAAGCCCUUCAGCUGCGCGCCUUUAACCAUAGAACAGUGGCUCUGGUGCCUGUUCAUCGGUAUUGGGGAACUCGUCUGGGGACAGGUCAUUGCCACCAUCCCCACCAGCCAGCUGAAGUUCCUGAAAGAGGCAGGGCAUGGGCCAGGAAAGGAUGAAAUCACCGACGAGGAGAUGGCAGAAGACGAGGAAGAGAUCGACCACGCCGAGCGGGAACUCCGCCGUGGCCAGAUCCUCUGGUUUCGAGGCCUUAACAGGAUCCAGACUCAGAUGGAGGUAGUGAGUACUUUCAAGAGAAGCGGUUCAUUUCAGGGUGCCGUGCGCCGACGUUCUUCGGUCCUCAGCCAACUCCAUGACGUAACCAAUAUUUCUACCCCUACUCACAUCCGGGUGGUGAAAGCAUUCCGUAGUUCCCUCUACGAAGGACUGGAGAAACCUGCAUCCAAGACCUCCAUCCAUAACUUCACGACGACGCCUGAGUUUCUGAUCAAUGACUACAUCCACAACAUCCCUCUCAUUGAUGACACUGACGUGGAAGAACUGGAGGAGCGCCUCCGAGCCAGCCCCCAGCCCCCCUCCAAUCAGAACAACAAUGCCAUAGACAGUGGUAUCUAUUUGACCACAGAUGUCAGCAAGCCAGCUACCUCUUCUAGUCCUGGAAGCCCACUCAACAGUGUGGAAACUUCACUCUAACCAGAACUUCUCUCUUUUCACACACACACACACACACACACACACACAUACACACAACCACACACA